GUUCAGCGUCGCCUAUGCAAACCUUUCGCCACCACGCUACGACACUCUCACCAUGUUUCCACCUCCAAAAGAUGGAUACUCGGAUGUACGCGAUGCCGGAUCCCGUUUAUUGAGGCCAUUCGGACGUCUUUUGUGAUUUGCGUUCAAGCGUGGGAUACACACGGAUGAAAACCCCCGCAUCAGCAAGACUAACAAUGGUGCAAGGUUGUGUGGUGGGCUGAGCCAUGGUCUUCCACCGCCACUUUGAGGAAUGGGCUUUUUCUUGGGGAGAUCGUAUCCAGAGUAUGGGGAAUAUUUUUUUUUUUGUUAUCCCUUCGACUUGAUUUGUGGAGAUUUCUGUGGGGUUUUGCCGUAGUUUGGGUUUAGCGCCAAGAAGAGCGCGUCUCUCACUCACCUUUUACCACCACAGUGAUUCGACGGCUCCGUCUUUCAGGGAUUUUCGGGACAUCCAGUCACAUCUCAACGUUUCCACUGCCACUGGAGGUACAGCGGUGAGAAGUUGGGGUGCCAUGCCGCUGAACGCGUUACCCCGCGGGGGGAACCACAACACCGGCUCCCUUAGCCCAGCCUCGCUGUCCCGGAGCCUUUCCCGGCUCAGGGAGUUGAGGACCCGCACGCGGAUCAUGCUGGCGCUGGGGGUCGCUCAGAUGGUCCUGGGGAGCCUCAUCCUGGCCGUCAGCUUCGCAGCAUUGGCUCUCACCACAUCACCCCGGGUCCGACACUCGUGCCCCUUCUGGGCGGGAUUCUCGGUGCUGUUGUCCGGACUCAUAGGUGUGGUGUCCUGGAAGAGACCCCUCUCUCUGGUGAUCACCUUCUUCAUGCUGCUGUCAGCGGUGUGUGUGAUGCUGAACCUGGCCGGCUCCAUUCUGUCCUGUCAGAACGCUCAGCUGGUCAACUCCCUGGAAGACUGCCAACUGCUUAAGUUUGACAGCGACGGCGUGUGCGUGUGCUGCGAGCUGCCGCAGCAGAGCUCCAGCUGCACCAACCUGGGCGAGACGCUGAAGCUCAACCCGCUGCGGGACUGCAACACCAUCCGCCUGCGCCUCAAGGAGCUGCUGUUCAGCGUGUGCGCCCUCAACGUCAUCUCCACCAUCGUGUGUGCCCUGGCCACCGCCAUGUGCUGUAUGCAGAUGGUGUCCACUGACCUGCUGCAGAUGUUCAUGCCUCACCGUGGCCGGGCCCUGAACGCGGACUGCGUGACCCCCCACGGCACCAUCCUCCACCAGACCCUGGACUUUGACGAGUUCAUUCCGCCCAUCCCCCCGCCCCCCUACUACCCCCCGGAGUACACCUGCACCCCCUCCAUGGACGGACAGAGAGGCCUACAGCUAGACUUCCCCCACUCUCCGUUCAGUGCCAUCUACGGCGUUCCAAUCAACAGCCCGGGAACGCUGUACCCCACAGACCUGCCCCCGCCUUAUGAGUCUGUUGUAAGCUACACCCCCGCCAGCCAGGUAACCAGCAGCAUCGAACAGCGAGCCACUGAGUCCAGUCUUUGUGAGGGAACCACCGCGGGCCUCAGCACUCAGGCCUCGGUGGACAGCGCCUCCCUCCUGGUGUCCGAGCUGGCCGACCUGCAGGACAACAGCUCCUCAGACGACCUCUGCUCCCUGGAGGUCCCGGGCGGGGGCUCCGACUCCUCCCCCUACACCACGUCCAACCCCGGCCACCCCGACGGCACUGGCCCCCAGGAGCUGAGGGCCCAGGGGCCCCCGCGGGGGGGCCACCAGCGCGGCCUCGCCGACACCACCUACAGCGAGUCGUCCCACACCCAGUCCCCCGACUGGUCGUCGGACAACGCCAGCAACCUGGACCACGACGAGCACGGCGACGGCCCCCACGGCGGCGCCGCCCCGCACGCGCUGAUCAGGGCGCGCGUGUUCAGCCGGAAGCUCACCCUGCCCGUGGCGCUGGCCCCGCCGCCACAGCCCUGCUCCCCCACCUCGCUGGCCUCGUCCGGGGGCACGUCGGGGCUCAGCCCCCUGCCGCCCUCCGCCUCGCCCUCGCCGCCGCCGGCGCCGGCGCGGCCCCGCGGGUCCCGGCUUUGUUUCAGCGUGUGGACGCCUUCCUCGUCGUCGUCCUCCUCCUCCCAGCCGCCGGCGCGGAGCGGCUGCUCGCCCGGAGACCGGCCGCGGGGGUUCCGGGCGGUCCGGAAGUACCGCAGGCUGGCCCGCAUGGUGCGCUCCACCAGCGACCCCAUCUCCUGCUCCUCCACAACGGGAGGGGAUGGCUGUGGAUGUGUGCCCGCUGGGAAAGCUCCUUCUGGGGACUCUGAUGAGACGUCUCCCCUGGAUGAUCAAGUAACAGUGUCAACAGAACCAGCAGACAUCAUCAGCCUCAAACCCCGAGCACUGCGCACACACUUGUCCCAGGAGCGACCCCACUCCCUGGCCGACCUCAAGACGUAUAAAGACACCAAAAUCCUGGUGGCCAAGUUCCUGGAGCACUCCAGCUGCAGUCUCCCCCCAGAGGUCCAGCAGGUGGUCAACUCCAUCAAGAGUGUUAUCCAGUCGGACGAGAAGCACAUGGAGGAGGCCAUCUUCAGCGCCAAUGUCAUCGAUCAGGUAAUGAGCCAAUCCCAGUGGAGCCGAGGCACUUCCAGGAAGUGUUGCCAUAGCGACAUCCACCUCCAGAGCUGUGGCGCCUUGAGCUCUUCACCGUCCCUGCGCCGUUCCAAACGCCUGUCAUCCCACCUGCUGAGCAGCCCCGACACAACCCGGCGCACCCCCUCCGACCGGAGCCUCACGUCCAGGGAGACAGUUCUCUGACCCCCCAACCACCACCACCACCACCACCACCACAACAAGGACUCAGCCCAGUGAUGGAGGUGUUUUUCCGGGUGCCCGCCGGGCCGAUGCAGUCGGGCCCAGCCAUACAGCAGCAGAGAUCUGACGUUGGUUUGCGGGUGUGCUAGAUGUAUCUCUGCGUGGGGACUUCAGAGAGGGCUGAUACCCGUCAGCCCUCUUGACCCCAGUGCCAUGUGAAGCAGCGCUCCGCCCAUCAGCAGGAACGGUAGCAUACUGGGAUCCGAAGCAGCGACCGGUAGCUCUCGCACUCAACGGAAAAAAAUACGACUAGUAGAAAAUAACAAAAAAACAUAAACAUCAAACCAGAAUGUUCUCCCUCAGGGGAUUUUUCUUUUACUUUUCAAAUUACAUUCAGUUCAAAAGGAAUACGUCUUGCUGUUUUUGCUCUUAUUUGCCCACAUCUGAUCCAUAUCCGGUGCUAAAGGGAGCAACUGAAGUUUGUAUUGAACUGUCGCUACCAGCUCUGUUUAAAGACAGAGCGGCAAUGUAACAGAGCGGGGAGAGGGUAAAUAUUUAGUUGUGCCGCUGGUUAAAGGCUUAUUUAUCUUACCUCAGUGUGU